ACUAAUCCCAUUUUCAGGGCCGAGACAUUAGUAUCUCACCUUUAUAUCCAAUAUCUCUGGUAAUGUGCUCUGGUCCUGGAGCUAGUAGCGACCAUCAACAGUACUUCAUUGCCCUACUGGCGCUCGACGACCAAGGUGAAGGGGAAUUAAACACCCGCGAAUUUCUGGAAGAUUUGACAAAGGAUUAGCUAGCUACAAGUAUGGAUGAAGAGGAGCAGUUUGUCAACAUCGACCUAAAUGAUGACAACGUCUGCAGUGUAUGCAAGCUAGAGACAGACACAGGCACCAUGUCCUUCUGUCACGUCUGUUUUGAUCUGAGCAUUGAAGGUGUGUCCCAUGCCACCCUCCUGCACUCUAAAUCCCUACGAGGCCACCGGGAAUGUUUUGAGAAGUACCACCUCAUUGCCAACCAGAAGCUGUCUCGCUCCAAGGUCUCCCGCAGUGCCUAUGAGGGCAUGAAGCUGGCCCUGAGCCAGAAGAUCAGCCGCAUUGUGCAGUACGCCCAGAACAAAGACUCCGUCGGCUUAGAUGGAGGGUUGAGCCGGCGAGGGGGCAAGCACCAGCUCAUCUGCUACAGCCAGAAUGGAGACCAUAAACUGCUGCCCCAGUCAGACGCCCAGGUUCCCCGCUACACCCCACGCUGUAACCAGGGAACAGGAACAGGGGGCCUGCCGGACUAUGCCACAAGCAUUCUGGAGUGCCACUCAGCCCAGGAGCUGGACUUCCUGGAGGACAGACCGAGCCUCGAGGGCCUAUGGGGAACCAAUGGGAGGAGGGGCCUUCAUCACUGCAGCCAGAGCCAGUCCUCUGGGGGAGACCGCCAGACGCUGCACUCAAACAAUGGUCUCACCAGAGAAGAGUUGAAUAAAAUGAGUGUGGAUGAGCUCCACCAACUGAACGGCAAGCUCCUGCAACAGAUACAAAAGGUAUUUGAGGAGCUGACGGAGGCUGUGCAGGAGAAAGACUCUUUGACGUCGGAACUCCAUGUUCGUCACAUCGCCAUCGAGCAGCUCUUCAAAAACUGCGCUAAGCUUCCCUGGCUGCAGAUCAGCCGGGCCGGUUCUGGGGUCCAGGCCAGCAGCAACAACCCCAUGGAGUGAGGUGAGUGUGGAUACCAGCCAGGCUGAUGACUCCCUCGUCAUGGGGCUGUUUGACCCCCGUGGCCUGCAGGAUGGCCGCUGUGGCCCGUCUCUUUGUAUUGUGACAGACAUGCUGUGUGAUGCGCUUUCUCACGCAGGAGUGAGGCCUCCUCCCAUCUAGCACUCCAAGACUUUCUGAAUACAAUACUUGAAGAAGGGACUUGUGGGCUUGUGGAUGGGCAGUAUAGUUAAAGGACCUUGGGAUCCACUGAGUUAAAACAGAUUUGUGGAGGCUCUGUCCCUGGACCUGUUGGCUAUGCAGACAAAGUAUGUUUAAGAUUAUGCCUAAUACAGAUGUUUGAUGUAUGGUGACGCAAUAUAUGUUUUGCAUAUACAGUGUAUCUGGCUGCAGUUGUUUUAUUUUCACAAAUAUUAAAAUGCAUCGCAUUUUAUCUGGAUUUCCAAAUAUGCAUACAUUUUUCUAUUAUUUUAAUUGCUUUUUUUCUCACUCUUCAGAAAAUCUUUUCAGAUUUUUUUUGUUGUUGCUGUGGUAACUGUUACUUGUGAGUUUUCUUUUGUAAUCACUUUAGUGAAACCUACUAUUGAGGUUUGAAGAGAAGCUGUUAUUACCGACAAUCUAGUUCAAAGAGGUGGAAUUUUGUGUUUGGAUGUAAAUUUUAUUACUCCAGUUUUUGGAUGGGGCUUUAAUUUCUUUGGUUUGUAUGUUUUUGUUAAUGGCAUGCUGCAAAUGCUAUUCUCUGCUGGUUUUAUCUUACGUCCUUGUGAUUUCAAAUGUUGUUUUUUUUUGUUUGUUUGUUUUUUCUUUUAUAUUGCAGUCAGUAGUAAGGCUGUGAAACACUAUCCAUGUCUGUAGUUGGGAGUUACAUGAAAUGUGUGCUGAUAGCAGAGAAGGACUAAAAGGCCAUUCACAUGGUAGGUAGUAUGUGCUAUUGCAAGGUUGGGAGAAAUUGCUAGCCAGGGAAACCAUGAAAAAGUGACUAAUGAUGUUAGCUAGCAACUGUACCAGCCCUCCUUCAGUAACUAACAUGGCUAGGUAUAAAUGCAUCAUUUGAAAAUCAAUUGAUGCUCUACCCUUAUUAACUUCCAGUCACAUGGGUGUGCUGAUUUCCCUCCCAUUCAGUUGUGUUGUUAGUAAAGAUCCUGGUGUGCACUCAGUGUAGUGUUGUAUCGUUGUGAAAACUCAGCGACAAACACAUUUUCUUCAUAGAACGACUGGACCACAUGCUGUAAGCUUACUGGUUGCGCUUUAGGAGGUCAACAACUUCAGGAGUCAAAGUUCAGUUAAUUUGAACUUUGAGCACAGCAACUCGGUUGUAUUUUUGGGAAGUGUGCUCCGCUUUUCUGGAUGCAGCCAUUUAGGAAAGCGCAGCGUCAUCCUUAAUCAAUAGUAUUGUAUUUCUCUCUGGUGCAAUGGCAUUCUUGCUCAUAUCAUGUGAAUGGCCUAUAACUCUGUAUAGCCCAAUCACCUAACCAAAGCCUUUAUUUGCUUCAAGGUAGCAAAUAUCAGUAUUUCACUUGUGGCCUACAAGUAUAGGUUAUGCUAAACCAACUAGAUUAGAUGGAGAAAUGCAAUAGAAUACACUGCUACCAAAUUUACUUGAAAUGUGGCUUAAUGAUAAAUGUGUGAUUCUAUAAGUGAUUUAAUGUCUUGUUUGAGCUGUUCAACACUUAGCCCUGUCAGUUUGAUGUUAUGAUGUGUGACUGAACGUAGCUAUGUACGCAAUUGUUGCAAUAUUGUUUUCUUUUUUGUAAUUGUGUGUUUCAAGUGUGCUUUUUUUAUUUAAUUUGUGGUUUUCUGGUGGCAGGCCUAUGCUGUAAUGUGGUUUCAAGUGAGGGAUGUGUUAACACUCAACUUGAUGGUCAAAUCCCAUUUCAUUUGAGCAGGAUGUCUAAUGGUUCCCAUUUUGCUUCCUAUUCUAAAGACACUGAUUAGAAUAAGAAAUUGUAUAAAAGAAAACCUUUAAUAUGAAAGCGAAGGCCAAAUAACAGUUUGCUUAACCUAUCCAGCCUGGUCAGAUCAGUGAUUUCAAAGAGGAGACAAACUAACAUGAAUGGUAGGGACACUGUUGAAGUAAGCCUCUACCAAUUCCUUCGUUAAGAAAUGGACAUGCACAUAGGCACACUGGUGUUUUAAUACCGCUGCACAGUGUUUGGGUCUAGUUUUAAAAGUUAUCUAUCCAUAGUUUGGCUGUCGGAAAGGGUUUAAUGCAUAGACAGAAUUAAUAGAACUGGAUCCUUAAUUCAAGUCAGUGAUUUGUCUCAUCAACUCAUAUUUCUAUGCAUAAAAUCCUGUCAUGAAAUCCAGAUUUUAUCAUUGGCCCGACAUGAAUUUGUAUAUUUUGGGAAGAAAGAAAAUAUAUUCAGAUUGAUGUAUUUGAAUCUCCAUAUGUCAGUCUCUCUUUAUAAGAGAUCAGAUUUGAACCCUUUGGGGUUUACAUGAAAGGUUUUAGCUCAGCUUUUAACUAUUACCCUGGUUUGUUUAAAUUCAAUAAUUUGUAUUCUUAUGAGAAGUGAGUUUUGUUGGAAAAGUUCCCAAUUCUUACAACUGGCAUGUGUGUUUGCAAUGGAACCCCUUCUCCUUUAUAAUGCACCUAUACUAGAGAAUAGAAUAGUGCCCAGUCAGAUUUUUCAGAGUAAUUGUAGGUUUGUUAAAGGCUUCGGAACAUGCCUCAACAAUAACCAAGUAAAUCAGACAUCUUAAUUCAUUGGUUUCCAUGUUGUCACGGUUAUCAUGCACACUUGACCAUAACACCUGUUCGCCUAGCUAAUUAGCCUUGCAAUUGGGUACCAUGCUGCUGCAGAAUAUUGUGCUAGUUUUGACCUCCAUCUUUGAAGUAGAUAGGAAAGUCUGAGGUAACUUCAACUUAUUGGAUUUCAGACUUUCUUGCUUGGUGACACAAAUGACACCCUUUUCAUUAGCUUUGUGGUUAGCAACAGGAAACAUCCAGACAUUGACUAAAAGGUUGCACAAACAUUGGUGCUGAGGUGGUCAGAAUAGUGUAUUUUUCAGUAAUGGUUUUUACCCCCAAAUAUCAGAACUGUUUUGCAGUUUAUUCCAUUUUCCUGAACCCAUCAGUUCCUUGCUUUAAGGGCAGAGUAUCAAAAAUCCUGAGACAUUUGUAGGUUUAUUUUUAAGGGGGAGCAAUAGGAUAUACAACCUGAUGAAAUGUUGUGUUGAGCCAGAAUCUGUUCAGAAUGUUUUAACUUUGGAUGAGUAAACUGACAUUAUUGCUCAGUGAAACCCAAAGUCAAUAACUUCAAUCAAUUAUGCAAGUUUUGAAAUACCCCUUACGUUAAUGUUUUUGCAGUUUUAUUAAUAAAAGAAGCAAUGCCUCGCCAAUUGGCCUUACAUAUCAUAUACACUUAGGCAUAUGUAUUUGAUUUUAACAUAAACUAAAUAACACUGUUAUUGGAAAAGGAAAAUCAAGUUUUCUUUGAAUGAUCAAGGCUUUGUAAAAUGUGUGUAAAAUGUGUGGUUUUGAUAGUAUUAGUAUUGAGAUGUCUUCCUCUUUCAAUGACUGAUUAAGUAACUACAAUCUUUUUAUUAACACUGUGCAUUGUGUGAUUGGAUUGCCAUUAGAACCUUAUAAAAUUGCUGUAUCAACACUCCAUAGAGGAAGGAGGAUCACUUGAGCAACUUUGAGGGAAUACCUACAUUUUUACCAAAGUGUAAGACUAUGUAAGACCAAAGUAAGGAUAAUCCCAAGGUUUCAAAAUGCUAAACACAGCAAAACUGCUAAAACAUGGCAAAAGGUUGUGGCAUAACUACAAAACCUUUGCUCUCAAAUGCCCAUGUCAUUUAUAAACAUCCUUAUUUAAAAGGUUUAAUUUAUUGGGCUAGUCAGAACGGAUGCUUCCCUGGCUGAAAAGUUGCGAGCCGCCUGUCAUCUCUGAAGGUCAUUAGCUGUGUAUGUAUCUAGGUAAUGUGUUCAUAUGUUACAUUUCAUUCCCGUUUCAGCUAAAUUUGACUUGACGACAAAUUUUACUUAGUCGUCUAAAACAUUGAGGCUAUGUGGAGUUUUUUUGGUUAUGCUUUACUGCCUAUGUGAAAUUUGUCUAAGUAACGGUUUGUAUUUUUUUCUAAAAUAUUUCAAUAAAUUGAAAUUAUUUUU